AGCUAAGUCAGUCUGAAUGAGACGGUAACACAGUUACUUUCAGUCGAUUCGAUUGGGGAAAAAGACAGUUUUAUUUCUAAGGGAGGUAACCUAUUUGAAAGAGAACUCUUCAAAAUGGCAACCUUGGCAAAGACCAUUCUUAAAGUAGGCAUAGCAGGGGGAGCGGUCGCUGGCACUGCAAGCUAUGGUGUGUGGAGUGCUGACACAAAACAGGGAGCUGCUGCGCUAGAGAGAGUGAAGGCCUCACUUCCUAGUGCCCAGCCAUAUGUUAACAAGAUUCCAGGACCUGCAGAUGUUGGCAAGGAUGUCACUUCAAAAUGGAACACAGGUGUGCAGACAAUCUUCCAGAAUGUUUCGUCCGUGCCAGGCAAUACAGUGAAGUUUGUACAGAAGACGAUUGGUGAUUUAUCCAAGUGAUCAAUAUAAAUGAACUUGCGAAUCAAGUCUGUUUUAUUGAUACAUACUUAAAUAUUAAAAGUAAUAUAAAGAUCACUGGUUGUAUCAAACAUAAAAAAGAACGUUUAAUAGCUUUGAAGACAUAUGAGUUGCUAUUAUUUUUACACUGUAAAAUGAAUAUAUCUUUAAAACAUACCCUUGACAAUUUUAUCCAAUGAAAUAAAUUAUGCCAAUAUGUUACCUGUAAGCUGUCUGUCUGUUCAAACAAGUAUUUGUACCAGUUCAGAUGAUUUAUAAAUAAAAUAUAUGAAAAAUACAAUUUUCUGACAAAAUUUAUUAAAUAGGAUAAAACUGAAGCAAAACAUAAACAUGAUAACACUUAUUUAAGAGUAUUAUAAAUAAGAAGUAUUAAACAUGAUAACACUUAUUUAAGAGUAUUAUAAAUAAGAAGUAUAGUAUAAUUUUUGAAAAAACACAUUAUUUUUUUUGUUGAUAUAGUACACUGGCAGUACUUUUUUCAUCCUUUAGUAUCCUUUAUAAUUUAAUAUUACUCAUUUGUGCAUGUGAUCUUUUUACACAUUUGAUGUUUGUGGUUUUGCAUGCAUGUUAACAGAUUUGAAAUCUUUCAGGAUAGAAAUGUCAGUGUAACAUUUAAAAAUAGAAGUGAUAUUUACUAAUAUUUUUCAAGUACUGAAGAUCUUCAGAAAUGAUAUUACUUAUAAAACAGUUUUUACUUGUUAUUUGCUAUCAUAUGUUUUCCUAAAUGGCAAAUGCCAUGGAAAUGCAAAUAGAAAGUUUCUUUUACAAAUAUGUGACCUGACCAGAAUCAUAAAUUAAUUAGAAAAAUAGAAGCAAAUGUCUUGAUAUAAAUAAUGUUAUGUAAUUGUUUUGUUGAAUUUUAAUUGAAAUUUUGAAUAAAUGUAGAAAAUGA